GAUUGGCAUCUUUUGAAGGAGAAGAAAGAGGAUUUAGGUGUCUUUGAAGAAGAAACUGCUCCUGCAGUUAGAGCGUUAGGGCCUUUAUUUAAUAAGAGCUUGGGACAGCACAUUUUGAAAAAUCCUCUUGUAGCUCAGGGUAUUAUAGACAAGGCUGGUUUAAAAAAUACAGAUACUGUUCUCGAAGUAGGUCCAGGUACUGGUAAUCUUACGGUUAAAAUCUUGGAAACUGCCAAAAAAAUUAUAGCAGUUGAAGCUGAUCCAAGGUUAGCAGCAGAAUUAACAAAAAGAGUUCAAGGAAAACCUGAACAAAAAAGAUUAAGUAUUAUGGUUGGAGAUGUUAUUAAAACAGACCUACCAUACUUUGAUGUUUGCAUAAGUAAUACUCCAUUUCAGAUCUCAUCGCCAUUGGUUUUCAAACUUCUUGAGCAUAGACCUAUGUUUCGAUGUGCAAUACUAAUGUUUCAACGUGAAUUCGCAUUAAGACUUGUUGCCAAACCUGGUGAUAAUUUAUAUUGCCGAUUGAGUGUAAAUGUCCAACUUUAUGCUAAAGUUACUCAUAUAAUGAAGGUCGGAAAAAAUAAUUUUAAACCGCCUCCGCAAGUAGAAGCAUCAGUAGUUAGAAUAGAGCCAAUUAAUCCACCACCACCUAUAGAUUUUAAAGAAUGGGAUGGAUUAAUGAGAAUCGUUUUUGUUAGAAAAAAUAGGACACUUGCUGCUAGUUUCAAAACAUCAUCUAUAUUACAAAUUAUAGAAAAUAAUUAUAAAACAUAUUGUUCAGCUAACGAAAUGUAUUGGAUGUUUUAA